CUCGGACGACGGACCCAGAAAAGUAGCCGGACGCGACAUUGCGAGGAAAUGACCCCGCCUUUAAUGCUCCUCCGCCGUCGCCAAGGCUCGAGCCGCUUGCUCGGCUUUCCCCACCCUCUCUCUGCCCCUCUUCACCCUACCCUACCCCUUUUCCCACUCCAGUCCAUCAUCUCUGCGGCUUCACACCAGCAGUAGCCAUGCCGUCUACCUCGCAGCUGACGCUGCCCAGCGUGGGCGAGCACCUGAUCCUCUCGCUCCCCGCUCCCAAGGUCCUGAUGCUCAAGAUGAACCGGCCAAAGGCACUCAACGCCAUGUCAUUCGACAUGGAGCAGGACAUGAGAAAGACGCUCGAUUGGUUCGAGCAGACGCAGCAGCUCUGGGUCCUCGUCCUCACGGGCAACGGCCGUGGAUUCUGUGCUGGCCAGGACUUGAGGAGUUUCAUGGAGGCGGCAGAUCGCGACGAUGAUGUCGAGGAAGAGGCAGGGGGUGACAAGACGCUGUCGGCGCAGCUCAAGAGGAUCAAGAGUGGUGGGUUCGGUAGCAUCAGCACGAGACGCUGCUCCAAGCCCAUCAUUGCCGCCGUUGAUGGCGUCGCAAUGGGCGGUGGUACCGAGCUUGUACUCAACUGUGAUCUCGUCCUGGCUACAUCACGCUCUCUCUUCGGCCUGCCUGAGGUGGCCCGGGGCGUCGUGGCAGCCAUGGGAGGCAUUCCUCGCAUCCCUCAAAUUGCUGGUCAUCAACGUGCCGCCGAGAUGCUGCUCGUGGGCGAGCACAUGAGCGCACAGACUGCUUAUGAGCGCUUUGGCUUUGUCAAUGCCGUCGUCAAUGUGGACAAGUCCGAGUCAAUCGAGUCAGGUCAAGCGAUAAUUGAGGCCGAGGCACUCCGAUGGGCAGCCAAGAUUGUGAAAAACAGCCCCGAUGCCGUCAUGGUCACAAAGGAGGGGCUCAACCUCGCUCGAGACGCGGGCAAAGAGCCUCACGGUAUCGACGAGGCCGCGAUAAAGAGCUUUGAUGGCGAGCGGAGCAAGGCGCUCUACGACGGCGAUAACAUCAGAGAGGGUAUCACGGCAUUCUUUGAGAAACGGAAACCGGAAUGGUCCGACCCGCCCGUGUUUUCUCGCACAGCCUCGAAGCUGUAAAACGCUCACCGUGCAACAUAAAUAAAUAGUGAUGUCACCUGCGCCUUCUAAGCCCCAUCUGGCUCUUUAGCCAAAUCAAGCUGUUGCAUUUGUGCCAGAUUAUGGCAGGCAGGAGCACCACGACGCCUCUUCGCCACACGGAGCGUGUACGCGUAGCACGCCCCGGGCACAGUGGGCCGCGUGCCUAGCCGGGGCGUCACUCCUUAUCGCCCUUCCCUUCAGCCGAUUCGAAGCCCCAAUGCGCAUGCCUUUAGUCC